GCCAUUUGUAGUGAGGGUUGGUUACUGUGCAGUACUCUUCUGUACUCACUCUCACACCAGGGCCUGAUAUGAUACAGAGCGGGAAUUGCCAUUUUCAGGAAGGAUGGAAUAUGAGCUAGAUGCAAAAACUGAGAGUGAUGACUCUCGUGUUUCGGCUCCAGGAAUUUCACAUAACACGAUUAUUUCCAGGAGGGCCAACAAUUAUACAUUCAGAACCAUCACAGACCACCUAAAUGGCAAUUUAACAUUGAGGUAUCAAAGAAAAUGUUUCAAUAAAGUAAUGUUUGGUAAAUCUAACACCAUUGUUUGCAGCACAUCUGCAGAUCUGACUCAGUCACUUAAAUCUUUCAAAUGUGCUGUAGUUGGAUCAAAGUCUGAAAAAGGUGGCACUGCAGAUAUGAAAGAAUUUUUUUUAGAAAUGGACAAAGAAGCAAGUACCAAACAUGAAAGCUGUAUAUCGUAUUUUGAAGAAUGUAAAAUGCAGACAACAGCUGUUGAAUCAGAGCAAAAUUUUUCACAAAAAGUUGCCAAGUGUAAUAAGAAAUGUGAGAUAUUGUCACCUAAGAAGAGUAGCAGCAAACCAAAGGUGCUCUAUUCACAAAAAAUGUCAAAAUUACCCUCUGAUUUCAAUAGUGAAGAUCAAUUUUCACAUUUCUUUGUGGGUUUAGAUGAUAUUGAAGAUGCAAGGUUAUCUGAUUUUAAAAUUCCACCAAAUAAAAACAAAAAUCAGCCAGAGGAUACAAAUAAAAAUAUUGAAAGGAAUCAAACAUUCUCUAGUUCUUCAGGGGUAAAUGGUGUUACAUCAGCAGCUUCGCCCAUUCAAGUAGCAGAGUCGUGUAUGGCUCGAUACAAGGGGUCACGUAUCAAGUUUCCUGGAGUAAAGGCUGGACCAGCUCCCAAGUGUGUCAAACUAAAGAGAAUUAUGUAUUUGCAGAGUGGUUUCACUUCCAAACACAUUUUCAUGCCACCGACACACAAACUGCAUAACUCUCCGUGCAGUUUACAUGGAGAUAAAACUAGUUUUUAUUGGAAAUGGAAUUUGGGGAUGAAGCAGUGUGUAAUCUGGCCUCAGCUUGGAGGAUGUGUAUUCAAACGAAAUGUUUUAAAGCGAAAGCUUGACAAAACAAAACAGUGGAAAACCAAUUUGAGAGAGAUGCUACCAAUAAUAAAAGGUAUUUUGUCAACAAAGAUGGUUCAAUGUAAAAAGAGUGAUCAAGAUAUCCAGUUUGAUAGAAACCCUGCCAUUAGUAAAAGAAAAAUAUAUGAUUUUAGAUUACCAAAUGAAAAUGGAAAGAUGUGUGUUAGUAACAAGGAAAUAAUAGUGGAUAAUGAUAAGAUAGGGAAAGUUAACCAUAUUAACCACUAUACCAGGAGUGCAUCAAGUACAAAUAAAAAUAAAUAUCAUCUGGAGAGGCAGUUAAUAGGUAGAAGUUCAAGAAAACCUAUUGACUGUAGAACAGCAAAGUGGUCAAGGAAUAUUAGAAAAGAAAAGCAUAAACAAAUUGAAACAGUUAAAAGAAAUACAGUCAAAGAAAUGUCUGUAUCAGCAAGGAAAAGAACAAGUAAUGUGAUUACCAGAAAAAGAACAGUUAAUGGAGGGAAUUUACAGUGCAAGUUUCAGAAUAAACAUGCAAGAUUUGGAAAUGAGGUUGUAUACAGUGGAAAGACUGGAACCUCAUUGAAGCACAUAAUAGGAAUUCCAGAGGGCAAGGAAAGAUCAGUAAACAAGAAAUUUUUGCAUGAAGCUGUGCAGGCUAGGAGACAGAAACUCUUGAAAGAUUGCUAUAAUACAUUAAUUGAAUCUUCAAGUCAGUCACAAAGGCACAUUGCAGAACUGCUUGAACAGGAAAUUGAGAGUAAUGAAUGUGAUUCCCAUUUGAGAACUCACUUUGAUGAACUUGGAGCCGAAGGUACCAGGAGCAUUAGCAGCCAUGAGAAAGGAAUUGAGGAACUUGGUAUUACACUGACUACCCAUAAUUCACCAAGUUUUAGUGUUGCUAGUAACUCAACUGUUAAGAAAUUUUCAGUCAGCAGUAUACUUUCAGGUACCAUGAUGAAUGAAUCCAGUACUGUUAUUAAUGAAAGUUAUAAAAAAGUUGAUCAGGCUAUCAUUGACUAUUGUCCACACCGUUCUACAUCAUCUUAUAAAAUUAGACAUGGAUGGAAGAGAAAGCUUCAUUCACUAGUAGCAUGUGAUGCUUCAGAAACUAAAAAGACAAAAGUAUGUCAGGACAGUGUAAGUGGAUUGUUAGAAGAACAAGUUGGUUGUGAGGCAUUCUUACAGCCUACAUUAAAAACUGGAAGUGUUAAUUGUUCUGAAGCUUCAUUGAACAAGGAAAAGAGUACACAUUCAAAAAGGUAUAGAAAUGGUCAUAAGAAACAGUCUGACAUUCCAACAGAUAAUAAAGGCACAGAAGAAUGCACAUUUGCUAGUAAUUUUGGUCAUGAUACUGUCAAUCGUAUAUGCACUGAAAAAUCUGUAGAUGAAGUAACUGUGCAGAACAGUGAUCCACAGGUGUGUGAUAUUAGCCAAACUAUAAAUCAGAUGACUGGCAAAGUUCAUAAAACCACUGAGAAUACAGAUUUGAAAGGGCAUUUGGUUAAAAUGGAUUUGGGUACAUGUACAACUAGCAGUGGGUCUGACUUCACUAUGGAUAUUCUAAAAAAUAAGCACUUCAAGAUCACAGACUUGCUGAGUGUAAAAAAUGUGAAUGUAUUACAAAGUGCAGAGAAAGAAGAUGAAGUUACAAGUCAUGAAAGUGAUGCAGUAUUUCCUGGUGGUGGUGGGUCUGAUGGUUUCCCUAGCACAUCUUGUGGAGAAUCUGUGCUCAUUCCUCCAAUGAAAAUGCCAGAGUCAAACACUGAAAAUUUUGAUGAAAGUGAGGUGGAAACUAUGGUAUCCAAGAGCUUGUCUGACUCAGAUAAUGGAGAUGUGCUCUCUAUAUAUGCUAGCAGCUUGGAUGGAAUGGACAGUGAUGUGGAAUUUGAAUGCCAGCAUAAUUCAGAGUAUCAAAAAUUACAGACAACAGAAUCUGACAUUAGUCAAGAAAGUACAGUAGAAAUGUGGAAUGAUAAUGUGUAUAAUACAUCUAAGGAUAAAUUCUGUGUAGAUGAUUUAACCAUUAAUGAAUGUGAUACCUCAGCUAUCUCAGGUUCCAGUAAAAACAGAUGGCAUUUGACUACCAGUCAUAAUUGCAAUAAGAAAUUUAGAGCCAAUUGCAGGUUGGAAGAUGAAGCCCCAAAUACUAGAGACCAAAUUUCCAGCUCUGAUAAAAUAAUAGGAAUACCAGAACCUGUAAAGCAAGAUUUCUUGACUAGUGUUGGACAGUGUUCUGAAGAGUGCAAUUUGCCUGAAAAUAAUAACCAGCCAGUAGCUGAGAAUUAUUCAAGAAAUUCUCUAAGUCCUGUAACAAGUCAAACAAGCAAUAAGCCAAAAAAAAUAAUUACACUGAAGAAAAAAUUGGAAGAUUCUUCCUUUUUUUCAGAGAGAGUACAUAAUACUUUUAAAUUUAGACGUGUAGGAAGAAAAGGAAAAACUUGUAAUAGCAAAAAUUAUAGGAAAAAUAUUCUUGGAUACUCGCCUACCACUCGGGGAUUAACCUCUGCAGGGCCAUUUCAUAUCAUGUUGGAUAAUAUAAUCAGCAGAUUUACCUACAAGCAAGAAUAG